GACGACCUGGGGGAGGCUGAGUCUGACACCUUUUGGAGGCCAGCAUAACACCUUUUAACACCAUUUAACACCCCCAGCACUCUCCCGCCGCCACGACCUCCACGCUGCAUGCCCUGCCAACACCUUGUCGUCAAUGACAGCAUUAUGAUGGAAAUAAGCAAAGAUGGUGGACACUGUGUCUGCUGAGGAAAGGAGGAAGGAGCUUCUGGAAGAAUCUCGCAAGUACACGUACCCGGAGGACACAGCAAGUAUAAAGCUACGUUAUAAAGACACAGCCCUUGUGUUGUUUAAGGAAGGCCAUGACGAUCCCAAGAGCUUCCUCACCUUUGGAACGCGGAGGUCCUCUACAGUGAGUCAGUAUGGGAACACUCCUCUCAUCGUCCGCAGGUCCCAGAGUUCAAAUGGCGAGCUCUCCAAGGUCGCUGAACAGUGGCCUUCUCUCAGUUGCAGAACCUCAGUAAGUAACUAUACUUUAGUAGAGGCUGGAGAGAGGGAUGACGAUGAUAGCGAGACAGAAGAUGAGCUGGAUGUUGCAGUCAAGAGCUUUAGCGGCGAAUUACAAGAAUUGAAGGAGACAGAAGAGAGUGAGGGCAGUGUUGCAGAUGACAAUGAGGAUGCCACAAGUGAGAGUGGCAAGCAGAGUGUUGUUAUUAGAGGGACCAAGGGGAGUGAAACUGGGUUGGAAGUAACAGGAAAGCAGCAGCAAGUAAGUGCGGCAGAAGAAAAAGGCACUCUACUGCAGGCUGGGGAGUAUGAGACCAGAAAGAGCUUCAUCCAUUAUGACCUGCCAAUACAGAGGCCUAAAUCAGUUGAUAAAGAGAAAAAUGAAAAGAUCAGCGGAGAAAGCCUUGACGAGGAAAAGUCUGUUAAAGAGCAUCAGGAGGAAAUGUGUGAAGUUCAGUCUUUUGAUGAUAAACAGGGAGAUUCAAUUAAGGAAGCCACCAAAGAUACAGGCGGAGAGAUUAAGUUGAGUGAAGAAGACAAAACUGAAAGUGCUGAUGAAAAGCAAGUGGAUGAUGGGAGUGAGUGUCCAUCACGAAAAGCUGAAGAGAGUGAGGGUCCAUCACCAAAAGCUGAAGAGAGUGAGCGUCCAUCACCUAAAACUGAAGAGAGUGAGGGUCCAUCACCAAAAGCUGAAGAGUCUCCUGAUGUGCUGGAUGCUAAAGCCAAAGACAAGGAAAGCACAAAAAUUAUUGUAGAACAUGCAAUUGUCGAAUCUCACAAAGAGAGUGUCCUUAACAAAGAUGAACCUUUGGUGGAUGCUUCACCUGGCCGCAGAAGUAUUGGGUCUUCCUCUCCUUGUCAGGAGAAGGUUGGUCAAGAUCCCUUUAACCAGAGAUAUUCACACAUCUUUAGAACAGAAUUAAAGAUUGUGGAGGCUUCAGACUUAGAGUCGAAUGCAAAGCCAUCAGAGGCUUCAACCAUACCUGCUGAUGAUGAAGAUGAUGAUGAUGAUAUAGAAUUUGUUGAUGCAAUCUCUCCAGUUUCUCCUAAAAUUGACAUAAGAAGUGAGGGACAGAUUUUUGCCAGACAAUCUGCAUCAGAAAAAGAGGAAAAACCCACAGUUGCACCAACUGCACCUGAUGCAUCAAAGAUUAGUGAAAGGGUCAGCACCCCAUCUGUUCCCAUACAAGUGACUGCAGGAAAAGAGGAAGAAGAUCAGACCAAAAAAGAUUCAGCAAAUGAUUUGAACAAAUCUUUUGAUCGGGAGGAAUCCACUAAAUUCCUUGACCUGCCAGUCCGAAGUCCUACUCCACCCAAGAAAAGUCCCAGAAGGUCACCAAGAAGUCCCAAGAGCAAAGAGGCAGGCAAAGGUCGUCAUUCCUCACUUAUUUUACCCCUGGAAUCUGAGCCUCAGGCGGUGGCUCCAAAGGGAACUAGAUCGGCCUCCCCAACCACCAAGACGAAGGAGCAUGGCAGAGUCUUCACAUUCUCCCUGAAGCGAGAAAAGAGCAAAAGUGCCUCGUCUUUGCAUUCAAGAAGAGGUAAGGAUAAAGAGAGAUCUUCAGUUCAGGAGGGAAAAGAAGUAGGAAUGAAGCAUCAGGUUCUCUUACAUAGUGAGAGUGAUGACAUGCAGCUUGAAGCCCUUGGGAAAAGAGUUGGUGUCAGAAGCAUGGUCAUUGAUGGAACAAUCAAGCGCAACUUUAUUGUCAUACACCCAUCAGAUGAGUCAGACACCAUAGGACUGGCACCAAGGGCAGUCAUUUCAAAUGGAGAUGGUAAUGCACAUAUCAGAACCCCCAAAGCACUUUCAAGUGUAAAGUCUCACAUUUCAGGUCUGACAUCAAACAAAAUUGAGUCAGUCCAGAAAAUUUCUUUAAAACAGGAUAUAAAGGAAGAGUUGACAGACACAGUAAGGGAUACAGUCUCCUCCCCUACAACACUGGGACCAGUACCAAAAAGGUCACGGUCAAGAAAGACGAAAAGCACUGACAGAAUGCGCGCAAGUUCACAUUCCCUUUCCAAUUAUCCUGCAAAUGACAGCCAGUUGCAGCGAACAACAUCAGGGAUGUCUGAGGUGGAUUGUGAUUCUGUUAACAUGUCUUCACAAAGCUUGCACGUCAGCACAAAUAAAGUCACAUCAAAACUUUGUAGUAUUAUGUGAAGAUUUUAUGCUAUUUAAAGGACAGAACUAUAUAUUUGUUCAUUAUGAAAAUAAAGAAGAUUUAACUUUUAAAAAGGCUACAAAGGAAACAAAGAAAUAUUUGUAAUACAUUGUAAGAGAUAUUGGGAGUACUGGGUUUCGUCUGGACACAGAGAGUCCAUUUAGCUGCUGUGGUUCACUGUCUCAGAAAGUCACAAAGCGCAAAUUACUCUGUGAUUUAAUGGUGCCAUGAGGAAUAAGUAGACAGUAAUCAAAAUUGUUUGUCUCAUGAAAUAUUGUUUGGUCAACCUUGGCACCUGUUGAGCAGGUUUGUGACAUGAUUCCUUAUUGUCAUGCCCCAUUUUGUAUAAAAAAGGUUAUUUUUGAUCAACUCUCAUUCAGUAACUUGUAAGGGUGUUCUUUAUAUUUACCCAUAGGUAAUUUUGAUCAUAGAUGAUAUGAUUUAAGAUGUACUCUCUUCAUUGGCUUAUACUUUACGGUCAUUGCAUUUACUCUGCUUUUCAAGGUAUAAAGUGCAUUAAGACUGAAUAUGCAUGAAUUGCAAGCGUUUAAGGGAGAUGUGGAAGUGAAAUGAUACAAGUUUUGCGUGAUGCCGUCUUUUAAGACUUUUUGGACUUGAAGUUAAAGUUUCUCUGUUCUCAGGCUGUUUUUUUUCUUAUUUAUGACUGUGAAUUAUUACAGGAAGGAAAUGGUUGUGAAAAUUGUUAUAUUGUUUACUUUCAGUGUUCUUGUUCUGUUUGUAUAUGCAAGAAGUUUUUGUUAUUAUUAUUUAAUGGAUGUGUUCACUCAUUUGAUUUUGAAAUGCAAUAUUUAAAGUGUUCAUUUUCACAUUUCCAGUUUUUAGAUAUUGCUUUGCAUGCUUUGGAAAAAUAUGCUUAUUUAUUACACAAAGUCGUCCCCAUGAAUCAUAAGAAAGUGGUGAACACCUGUUGUUUGUUCAAAGUUUCUGAUAGCUUAUAUUGUAUUUUUUUUAUAUGAUGCACAUUCAUGUCAUCUUCUGUGUUGCAGAAUAGAUAUUGAGUAUGCAGAUACUGAGAAUUGUAAAGCAUAUGCACUCCAGUUAAUGCAGAUACUGAGAAUUGUAAAGCAUAUGCACUCCAGUUAAUCAUUUUAAGAUCAUCAACAGUUAAAAGAUUGACAUAACUGGUGUUUAUUUGUCACAGUAUUACCAGAGAUUUGGCAGUCAAGUCUCAGUUUUGCAAAGCCAUCAUUUUGUUGAGUUUCAUCUGUUGGUUGGCUGGCAGGAGGUGGUAAUAAUAGGUGUACCUUUAAGGACUAUAGAUGAAAGGAAAAUUGCAAGAAAUAUUCUUUCUACAAAUGAGGUAAAUAAUUUUGAAAAUAUGGGGGGAAAUCAUGUUUUGACCUUUUUUUUGUAUUUAGAGGUAACUGUCAUGCCUUUUGCCUUAGAAUAUUGAUAAAAGAAAGAAUGCCAUGCAUGUUCCUAGGCCACCAAGUAAUAUGCAUUAACCUCAUAUACUCACAUAUGAUCAAUCUUUUGUUAAGACAUUAAUUCUCUCUAUGCUUAUUGAUUGUAAGAGAUAUAUAUUAUGAUCUUUUCUAUACUUUAAGUAAUUCAUCUAGUCUCUUGUGAAAUAGAAAGUAAAUUUCUCAAAAUGACACAUGUAGUAUAUCUUCUUUAAAAUUUAAAUUACUGAUGAAAAUCUGAUACCGGUGGCAUUUUUAGUAUGCAAAAAUGAGGUGAGAAUCAUGUGUAUUCAUUAGUAAUUAAGAGCAAGGGUUGGCAUGCAUUCAUACUUAUAUUUAUAGCCUAAUGAGCCAUCUUCUCAUGAUCAGUGCGUGUGCAAAUGCAUGAAAAUUAUAGAGAAAGUUCAGAAGCAGAAUUGGGCGCCAUUUUAUUGUGCCAUGAUAAGGAUAGUGUAAGUAAUUACUAUUGAUCAGAUAAAAUGGAUAGGGGUUUUGAUGUCUAUGAUUGAAGGGAUCAGGAAAAACGUAGUGCAUACAUAGGUACAUUCAUGAUUUUUUUUUGAAAGGUCACGAUUCCAGAUAUCCAAAUUUAAAGAAGAGCAUAUCUGUGACCCUUAUACUGAUUCACUGUCAAUUGUUAUUAUUAUUAUUAUUGCUAUUGUUAUUGUUAUUGUUAUUAUUAUUUUAUUAUUAUUAUCUUUUUUUUUUUUCUUUUCUUUUUCUUUAAGACAUUUCUUGUUUCUGCUGAGAGGGAACGUCCACCAUUUACUACCAAAUACAUUUGGGAGAUCUUGGCCAUAUUAUUGCCAUAUUAUUCACUGAUCAUUGCUGUGGUUUAUUAUUAAACAAGAAUAAGACUCUUGUAUAGCCAAUCAACAGACUAUAUUGUGUGUGCAUGUUUUUUUUUUUGUUUUUUUUUGUAGGCUGAUAGGUCAUGUGAUCUUAAGAAAUAUGCAGUAUAUUGACAUACCAACACAUAUUGUGAUAUAAUUAUUUGAAGCAUUUUGAAGUGAUAUGAUCCUUAAGUCUUGGUUACAUGCCCUGUAUUUUCUUUCAGUAUUAUUUUGUAUGAUAUCAUUACCUUUUUUUCACUUUUUCUCAUUUUGGUGUGGUAGCAAAGGAAAUAUAGAUACUUGGGAAUGUAAUCCAUGACAUAUCUUUGUUACUGAUGUAAUUGUUUUUGUUUUUCUCUAUUUUCUUCAGGCUUGGCUUGUAUGUGUUUUUUUUUCUUCUUUUCUUUUCUUUUUUUACAUAGAUAAAUAUUUGCUUUGAUAUUUUUGCCAAAGCAUUACAUUUAAUUUGUCUUUCACUCUUCACUGGUGCUUCCCUCUCCCUAUUUAUUUAUUUUCUUUUGCAUAUGUACCACAUUUGUGUGAUCAGUGACGUGGAAAGCUUCGGGUAUGAGUUUUUCCAUCAAAUGGAUAAUUGAGGUGCUUUAAGCUCGUUUUUGUAGACUGUGUGUUUCUUUUGUAUAAAUAUAUGCAAGUGAGAUGA